CCCGGCGAAUUGGGUGCUGGCAUUUCUGUAGGUCCAUGAUUUACCUGAAUUUGCCCGAAAUCUCAGCAAACUUUCAGCGAUCGAGGUGGAUCAUUUGGUAACCAAGGACUUCCUCUACAUUCCGGUGUCUACAGGAACAAUCUACUUGAGCUAAACUCUAGUUUCCCAUUAGGAAAGUUUGGUGAAGUUCCACACUUAUUACUUCCAACCGGCUCAUCACGCAUGGUCGACGUUUAGUGCACACAACACAUUGCAAUGCCCAUGUGUGUGUAGAAACUUUGCCUUCAAACUUGGAUUAAAACACAUUUUUCUACUCUUCCUUUGACCGAUCAACACAUCUCAAGUUGGUAUUUUAUUCCUCUGGUGUACCUAGGAAGCUGUCUAGUAAAUUUCAGACUUUUGGGGGCAAGUUACGAGACCUGAAAUGCCGUCAACGGGGAGGCUUAAGUUACCGGCACUGCCGUGGCUGAUGGGUGCCGUCUGUGUGGUCUUUGCCCUGGCUGUGUUGGUGAGCGACGCCGCUGCUGACUUUGACACGGAGUUGGAUGAGGGAUAUUUACCAUUUACAAAAAACAAUGGACGCCAAAAUCGGAAGGCAAAGCCGUCGAAACGUCAUGUAGGAAAAUUGUUUGAAACAGAAGAAAUGGAAAGUUUACCAAAAUUAGCCCUUGUGGAAGAUCCGCACAUUAGAGAAAGGAGACAAACGAUAAACAGAGUUGGGUCGUCGACGCCACCCGGUAUCUUCAACACUGGAGAAGAUGAGGAAGGGUCAGGGUCAGAUCAACCAGAGGGAAGUGGAACAGAACCUCCAACAGCUGCUGUUGCAUAUUAUCGCAUCGGUUUGGUCAUAACCAAUGUAAGAUACACCUUGGAUCAUGGCAACAGAAUGUCAAGUGCCUUCAGAACACUUUCUGAAAGUCUUACUACGAAGGUCGAGGAAAUUUAUAGAGAAAUCCCAGGAACACAGUUCGCAACUAUACUUCAGUUUGUUCCCCGUGAUAACGGAUAUAUUGAAGCUCAGUUUGACCUUGGGUCAGAGGUCGUUUACAGUGAGUUUACGCUACGAAGAGCUCUGGAAAACAAGAUUCAGCGAGGGAUGCUUGGUAACUUCCAGGUGUCACCAGACCUUGUAGAAUUCACGCCAAUAAAUGUUCCGGUGUCGACGCAACGGCCAGUUGAAACAACCGUACCGACGCUUCCGAUUCCGACUUUUUGCAGAGGGGAUAAUGAUUUCCGGUGUGACAGCGGGGAGUGUAAACCACAGUCGCUUCGCUGCAACAGUCGCUACGAGUGCUCUGACGGUUCUGAUGAGCUGUCGUGUUUAUCCCGUGCCCCCUGUAGCAGCCAACAGACUUACUGCGACGACGGACUCUGCGUUGAUCAAAGACUCCUCUGCGAUGGGAUACCUCACUGCCGAGAUCGGUCCGAUGAGAAGCCAUCACGAUGUGGAAUUGAUGAUAUACCCCCGGUCAUUCGUGGCUGUCCGUUCCGGGUCGGUGGAAUGGCUGACCCCGGCAGAAACGAAGGUAUCGCGUCAUGGACUGAGCCUGAUGCGAGUGACGAUGACGGUCAGGCAGUGCGAGUUUCCCGAACUCACUCCCCGUCGAGUUAUUUCCCAGUUGGGCAAACGAGGGUUUCAUAUUACUUUACUGAUACAAGUGGAAACGAAGCCACUUGUUCAUUUACAGUAACAAUACAACCAGAGGAAAGAGACACGACACCACCGAUCAUCUCUGGAUGCCCGAGGGACAUCGUCGGGAGAGCUGCCCUUGGUACGAAUCAAGCGUACGUUACGUGGGAGGAGCCCACUGCGACUGACGACAGUGGUCAGUCGGUCACCAUAGGGAAAACCCACGAACCAGAUACGUAUUUCAUCGAGGGGUCGACGACCGUGCAGUAUUUUUUCGUAGAUACUAGUGGGAAUGAGGCAAUAUGCAGCUUCGUCAUUGAUAUAAGAAGAGAUGUCGACAACACCCGACCAGUUAUAACAGGCUGCCCGGACACUGUGCUUGGGUCUGCGAGGUUCGGUGACCAGCAGGGUAUUGCAGUUUGGGACGAGCCGACAGCCACUGACGAUAGCGGUCAGCCUGUGCGUGUCUCUCGUACGCACGCCCCCUUGUCCGCAUUACCGCUUGGCUACACUAGAGUCGUGUACGAAUUUACGGACACCAGCCAAAAUGUGGCUGUCUGCAUGUUUUUCGUGCUGAUCCGAGAAGCUCUUCCCCCAUCCCCAAGCACGGCACCAACUCGGACCACCACUCUGUCCCCCGGUCAAUGCAACCAGAACCAAGCUACAUGCAGGAGCGGUCAGUGUAUACCGUUGUCGUAUCGCUGUGAUGGGGCACUGGACUGUGAUGACGGAUCAGAUGAAUCAAGCUGCUCUACCGCUGGCUGUGAACCCAAUGAGUACCAGUGUUCCAGUGGGUUCUGCAUCCAGAAGAUCUGGGUAUGUGACGGUGACGAUGACUGCGAAGACGGAAGCGAAGAACGCAACUGUCCGGUCGCCUUGCCUGGUUCCCCGUGUGCCUCUACUGAGUUUCAGUGCUUGAACACAGUGACUACGCAGUGCAUCCCUAAAGCUUACCAGUGUGACAAAGACUUUGACUGCAGUGAUCGCUCCGAUGAGAUUGGAUGUUCCAAACCUGAGGUGACUGUUUCGCCCGGUUCCCCGGUGACGGUGACCGUGGGUGCAACGGUAGUCAUCACUUGCAUUGCUCUGGGCAAUCCGGUUCCCAUCAUUUCAUGGCGUUUCAACUGGGGUCCAUUGCCAGACCCGUCAAAGGCGAGAGCAGUGAGUGAGAACGGCCGUGGUAUGCUGACUAUUUACAACGUCCAGGAGAGCGACCAGGGAGCCUAUACAUGUGAAGCAAUGAACAGCAUCGGAUAUCUCUUUGCUAUUCCUGACGCCAUACUCAUUGUUAUCCCACCUGAGGGCAUAUGCACCGGUAAUGUAUUCAACAAUGGAGCUCUGCUUCCUGAAGACUGCAUUGAAUGCUUCUGCUUUGACAUCACAUCAAGAUGUACUGGGAGUGGCUACUACCGCACACAGUUGGGACUUAUCUAUUCAAACGACGAUACGCAAGGAACUCUUCUCGGAUCCCGGUCUCGUUUGGACGGUUCGAUCACCACUGUGGACGAGAGCCUCGUUCAGGUCAACCCCAGCACAGAUGAAGUCACUGUGUUGGAUAUGAACCGCAGACUACCGAACGGAGAGUACUACUGGGUGCUACCUGAUGCCCUGCUAGGAAAUAGGCUGACCAGCUAUGGAGGUGAAUUGCAAUAUCGCGUUCGGUUCAACGCUGAAUCCGGUGGCCGACCAAUCGCGGCGGACCUGACCCCUGAUGUCAUCCUAGAGGGUAAUGGGAUGAGAUUGAAUUAUGUAGUCGGACGGAGCAUGGAAGAAUCACGAUUCAACGAAGUCAGCGUCAAAAUUGUCGAGGAUGGUUGGAUCAGAGAGGAAGGAAGUCAAAUGACUCCAGCAACAAGAAUGGAAGUAAUGAUGGUGCUUCAAAACGUCGAGAAGUUCCUGAUCAGAGCUUCGUAUAACACCAACACUCGGGAGACAAGUCUUUCCAAUGUUUACCUUGAUGGCGCUCAAGCAGAGAACAACGGGAGAGACGAAGCCUUCUCGUUGGAGAAGUGUGAGUGUCCUCUGGGUUACACAGGUCAAUCUUGUGAGUAUUGUGACUCGGGUUACUACCGCGUCCGUGACAACCGUUACCUCGGUUCCUGCCAGCCGUGUGAGUGUAAUGGUUACUCCGUCCAGUGUGACGCAGAGACGGGCGCCUGCCUGAACUGCCGUGCCAACACAGCGGGCAACAGAUGUGACCAGUGCGCUGAGGGUUACUUUGGUGAUCCGUUAUCGUCCAUCCCGUGCAUGCCUUGCCCCUGCCCACUCACAAUCGACCCAAACCAAUUUUCCCCUACUUGCUACCUUGACAAUGAUGGCUUGGUCACCUGCGACGCCUGCCCUCAAGGGUACGAUGGUAGACAGUGCCAGACGUGCGCACCAACGUAUACUGGAGACCCGAUGAACUUCGGAAGCUCUUGUGUGCCGGACGACAAAAAUUGCAACUCGGAUGGAACAGUGGAGCUGGUUGGUGCAGAGUGUGCCUGCAAGGACAAUGUACAUGGCGAGGAAUGCGACCGUUGUCAGCCGUUCACAUUCCAUCUUAACAGCAACACGCCCGAUGGGUGUGUAUCUUGCUUCUGCAUGGGCGUCACCCGAGACUGUUCCAGCACCACCCAGUACAGAUCACAGGUUUCAGCCGUGUUCACCCAGAACAACCAAGGUUUCGUCCUGUCUGAUAGCCUAGGGACCACAGUCAUCGACCAGGGACUGGCCGUCAGCCCUCUCUCAAGAGAGCUCACCUUCAGUAACUUCCGAUCCUUCGAACCACAGACUUAUUACUGGAGCCUACCUGAAACCUUCACUGGUGACAAAGUGUCUUCGUAUGGUGGUAAUCUUCGGUACACUAUUACUUACCAACACGGCGCUGGAGCAACUUUCACCAACCAGGAACCGGAUAUCCUGCUGAUUGGUAAUGGAAUCACAGGUAAGAUUGUUCAUCAAGAGAGACCAAUUGCCAGCAGCUACAAGACUUAUUCUGUUCCAAUCAUCGAGACUUACUGGACGAGAUUGGACGAUCAACCCCUGACCAGAGAGUUCCUGAUGAUGAUGUUGGCCGACCUUGAUCUGAUUCUAAUCAGAGCCGUGUAUAGUUAUCCAACCACCUACGCUGUGAUUAAGGAUGUGACCCUUGACAUUGCUGAGCCGAGGAACACUGGUAGAGAGAGAGCGUAUGCCGUCGAACAGUGCAUAUGCCCCGUGGGGUACACUGGGCUUUCAUGUGAGGAUUGCGAUGUUGGCUUCACCCGCAGUGGGGGCGGCCUUUACCUCGGUGUGUGCGAGCAAUGCCAGUGUAAUCGUCACGCCACGGACUGUGAUCCAGAAACGGGGGCUUGUAGGGCAUGUCAACACAAUACCUAUGGUGACCGAUGUGACCAAUGUUUACCUGGUUUCUAUGGCAACGCAUUAAUUGGUACGCGUGACGACUGCAAGCCAUGCCCAUGUCCGCUAACGGCAGCACCCAACCAAUUCUCCUCAACCUGUUACCUGAAUAACGAAGGCUAUGCAACAUGUGACAACUGCCCGGUGGGUCACGUAGGAGACAACUGUGAACGAUGUGAGGCUCCCUAUUUUGGAGAUCCAACACGCCCUGGUGGAAGCUGCCAAAUAAAUGGUGCCUGUCAGUGUGACCCUAGAGGGAUCAGGCAGCAAGGUUGUGAUCAAAGAGGAGAUUGCAGCUGCAAGGCCUACACAGAGGGUUCUCGUUGUAAUGUCUGUAACUACGGUUACUUCAAUCUGGAGGCCAGCAACUCUGACGGAUGCACCAAAUGCUUCUGCAUGGGAAUCACAGAGAGAUGUGGCAGCUCUAAUUACUAUCGUCAACAGUUGAGAGUUGAGUUUCUGUCUCCGACAGACUCCCGGAGUAUGGUUCUCCGUAACCGCGGCGGCGACUCCCUCUACUCUAGCGGAUUCAACAUAAACGUUCCGACCAAUGAGAUCGCAUUCAGAGACUUUGAUCAGCUCCAGCGUCAAGCCUACUUCUGGAGUCUUCCACCGAAGUUCAGGGGAGAUCAGGUAACAGCAUACGGCGGUUUCCUUCGCUACACCAUCAGUUACAGUGCAGCAAGCUUUGGUCAACAGUACAGCGAGAGUGACGUGGAAAUAUUUGGAAACAACAUCCGUCUCAUCUACCAGGAUAGACCUCUACAGCCCGGAGAGACAAGAACUAACAGUAUACAAUUGAUUGAGGAUAACUUCAGGCGUCCUGAUCAAGGCCCAAUAACGAGGGAGUUCUUCUUAAUGGCGCUUGCCGACGUAGAGUACAUUUUCAUCCGCGCCACGUACCACCAGGAAAUGGCAAGCUCCAGGAUUCGAGACAUCUCUAUGGAUAUAGCAGUUCCCCAGAACACCGGUCAACCGCAAGCCAUGGCCGUUGAGGACUGUCAGUGCCCCAAUGGGUACAGAGGAUUGUCAUGUGAGGACUGUGCUACUGGUUAUUCUCGUAUGGGUCAAGGUCUCUACCUUGGUGUCUGUAUACCGUGUCAGUGUAAUGGUCACGCUAGCUCCUGCAACUCCGAAACCGGUGUCUGUAUCGACUGUCUUCACAACACGGUUGGUGAGCACUGCGAGACAUGUGCUGAUGGGUUCUUUGGUGACACAACGUCAGGCACCCCUGGUGACUGCCGACCCUGUGCAUGUCCUCUGAGCAACCCUUCAAACCAGUUUUCGCCCACCUGCGUUCUUGAUACAGAUGGUCGGCCAACAUGUAAUGCCUGCCGACGAGGAUACGUCGGUCGAGACUGUGGAACUUGCGCUCCAGGAUUUGAGGGCAAUCCAAGGGUUCCAGGAGGAAGCUGCAGUCCUUUGGGCCAACAAGAGAGAGAGCCAAUCAUAACGAUCUCUCCGUCGGAGGUGUCUGGUGUCCUGUCUUCAACCAUAUACAUCAGAGUGUCUAUCCAGAACUCCUUCUCAUCUGGCUAUUGGAUCCGUGCUGAUGGGCGCCCUCUACCACAAAAUGCAGUCCAACUCUCCGACAACACGUUACAGAUUACCAAUCUCCAAGCCAGUGAUGCAGGCAUCUAUAUCUUUGUGGCCAGAAACCAAUACGGUACCAGUCAGUCCCAAGUCACUAUUACAGUCGUUGGGCCGAGCAUGAGAGUAAUCGUUGAGCAACCGGUUGAUCUAGAAGUAGAAUCUGGAUCUACAGUUGAAUUUAUCUGUCGCGGAAUCAGUCAGGUUGCAUACACACUAGCUUGGAACAGACAAGGUGGUAACCUCCCACCUAAUGCAAGAGACAUCAUGGGCAAGCUCACUAUUCCAUUGGUGACUGAAGAGGACCAGGGAAUUUACGUCUGUACUGGCUCAAACAUGCAUGACACAGACCAGGCCAACGCCAGACUUCGUGUGAUUUCUUCUUUCCGUUCACCCACCGUUCGCAUCGAGCCACGGUUCAUCGAGGCAGAAGAAGGAGACAGUAUCGAGUUCUCCUGCAUCGCCGACGGCAACCCCUCACCGGAAUUGUCUUGGAGAGGUGGCACCGGUGGAAUACUGAGCCCGAGGGCCUCCUUCACCGACGGGGUGUUCCGAAUCGAAAAUGUUGAACGCUCUGACGAGGCUGAGUAUUUCUGUGAAGCUGUUAACUCUGAGGGCUCAGCGAGCUAUCGCGUUGUUCUGUACGUCAGAGCCUCUCGCCUUCCCAAAGUCAACAUAGAUACGCUGGAACAACAAGAGCUGACGGAGGGCGCCAGAGCCGUCCUGUACUGUACAGCAUCCGGGGAUCCACCACCAGUUGUGAGGUGGACCCGCCAGGGCGGCUUCCCCCUACCAUCGCAGUCAAGGCAGGAGAAUGGAUACCUGAUCAUCCCAGAUGUCCGAUAUGAGGACCAAGGGGUGUAUAUCUGCACUGCUACUAACCCCAUCGGUUCACAGAGUGGAGAGAUUGAUAUAAGGGUCAACCGAGACAAUACAAUUGCACCAACUGCCCGGAUUGAACCUCAAGGUGCCAUUAUCCGGUACGGGACGACCCAGGUCCUACGUUGCAUUGUCAGUGGUACCCCAGCACCGACUGUCACAUGGUCUCGACGCGGGGGACCUCUCCGAGCAAACCAUGUGGUAUCUGGCAACAUGUUGCAGAUUCGCGACGCUUCUCAGUUGGACGCCGAUUUUUACACCUGCCGUGCCGAUAAUGUCAGAGGCUACUUUGAGUACAGUGUUGAGAUCAUUAUAGAACGCCGUGAGUCACCAGUGAUCCAGAUAUACCCUUCGUCUUCCUCCGUUAUCAGCGAAGGCGACGGUAUUCAGUUUCAGUGUCGUGCGACGGGUCUUCCUCCACCCAAUGUCUACUGGAGCAGAGUCGGAAGUGAAGGCUUCACCGGCCAGACGUACUCUAAUGAUCUUCAGGGAACCCUUACAUUCAUAUCUGCUACAACUCAAGAACAAGGUUCAUACAUCUGUACAGCUAACAGCACAGCUGGUUCAGUUCAGCAAACAGUCACCCUAACAGUCCAUGGACCACCUCGAGUUGAUAUUAGCCCGGCCAGCCCAGCGGAGUAUCGAGUUGGGGAGACCGCCAUCUUGGAAUGUGUAGCCACAGGGCAACCCAUGCCCUCUGUCCAAUGGAUGAAGAUGGGCCCAACGAGAGUCUACGAGCCUGUAACACGCAACGAGCUUGCAGGCGACGGGCUUGAAAUAGCGUCGGAGAAUGAAGGAAGCGUCAUCUAUAGGAUAAACGGUGUUGACAUGGGCGAUGCCGGGAGCUAUAUGUGCCGUGCUGAGAACGCCGUCGGGUUCCAUGAGAAGGAACUGAGGGUGGACGUUGUUGAAGGAAACGAGCCAGUAACUCCUCGAAUUGAAGUAUCUAUCGAUGAACUGGAAGUCGUCGAGGGUGAAUCUGCUCAGUUCAGCUGCCGCGCAACAAAUUUAGUGGAGGGUGCUUACACCAUCACAUGGCGUCGUCUGAUCGGCAUGAUGCCACCGAUGGUCAGAGUCAACAACGGCUUGCUCAUCUUCCCCCAGACGCGAGAGGAAUACUCUGGCCAAUACUACUGCAUCAUCAGGACAUCCUUCGGAGUGGAGUACGGAGUGCAGCAGGCAGUUACGCUAGUCGUUCUGGUUCCACCAAGGCCAAUGGUGUCACCGGCUUCCCAAACGGUCCGUGCUGGUGAAAUGAUUCGGAUUCAGUGCAUUGCUGAAGGAACACUCCCAAUGACGUAUGAAUGGCAGAAGGUUGGUGGUCCUCUUCCUCCCACUGCCUCGGAUGCUCAUGGGAUGAUUCAGAUCACCUUGGCAACGGCGGCCGAUGCUGGACAGUACGUCUGCUCAGCGUCCAACAGUGCCGGUUACAGACAGACCUCAGCUAACGUAUAUGUCCAAGUUCCACCAACUGUUGUAGUCCACCCAGCUAGCGAAACCAGGGCUAUUGGAGCAUCGGUAGAGUUCAUGUGUCAAGCAACUGGUAGUCCUCCACCGGUGAUCAUCUGGGAGAAAGAAGAAGGGUUCCUGCCAGUACAGCACAGCAUACAGAGCGGACUUCUGAGCAUCAAGAAUUUACAGAUUGGGGACGAGGGUCGCUACAUCUGUACAGCCAACAGCACUGCUGGUUCCUCCAAAGCGUAUACCAGACUAUCUCUUCAAGCCGCUCCUUCUGUCAAAAUAAGCAUCCACACGACAGUGCAGUUCAUCGCCAUCGGCGAGUCCGUCACGUUCGAGUGCAAAGCACGCGGCGAUCCGGAACCCGUCAUCCAAUGGAGUCGGGAGAACGGAGAGCUGCCGAUCACGGUGGUCGUUCAAGGAGGGAUGAUGACGAUCCCUCAGGUGCAGCUUCAGGACGCGGGAACGUACUUGUGUACGGCCACGAAUAUUGUUGGGUCGCAGUCUUCUAAGGUGAUUCUGUAUGUACAAGCUAAGCCACAGAUACUGGUCAUCCCAGAGGAGCGCAACGCCCCGGUCGGUACCCUGGUUGAGUUCACAUGCGUUGCGACCGGUUUCCCACCACCGCAGACCACAUGGUACAAGCAGUCUGGUGAGCUGCCUCUACGCUACAGUAUUGAGAAUGGUAAACUGACGAUCCCGUCGGUGACCGAGGAUGACGAAGGGGUGUACAUAUGUAGCUCGACGAAUCAACGUGGAACUUCGGAGUUCCCUGUUACACUCACAGUUGGAGAGUUGAUCCCGUAUUUCACCCAGAUGCCCGUGUCCUACAUCUCUUUCCCUCCGCUCCACAACUCUUAUCAGGAGUUUGACAUCACCAUAUCCUUCAAACCAGAGAGCUCUCAAGGUUUGAUUCUCUACAACGGUCAGACAAUGGAGGGCGACAUGGGAGACUACAUCGCCUUUGGCAUGCGCGAUAACCUCGCAGAGUUCCAAUACGAACUCGGCUCCGGCCCCGCAACCCUCACCAGUCAGGAACCGUUGGAGCUAGGUCAGUGGCACACGGUCCGUCUGUACCGCAGGAAACGCUUCGGCUCAAUGCAGGUGGAUGACCAGCCGGAGGUGACCGGUAACUCUAGCGGAGGGUUCCUUGGACUUGACCUCAUCCAGAAGUUGUUCCUCGGUGGUGUGAGAGACUUCGAUAUGGUCCCGAAAGCAGUGCAUUUUGAGAAUGGAUUUAUUGGAUGCAUCAGUCAGUUUAUCAUCAGCGGCCAGAAGGUUUACCUCGCCAGCGAGUUGGGGUCAAGGGUCGGCAUCGAUGCCUGUCCGACGUGCGACAUCAACCCUUGCAGGAAUGAGGGACUCUGCCAAGAAGCCAGUACAGAGUUUGGCUUCCAGUGCCAGUGCCGAGCUGGCUUCACGGGAAUGCAGUGUGACUAUGUGGAACGCUGUAGAGACGGUCUGUGCAACUUAGGUUACUGUGAGGAGGACCCUGGACCUGUUGGUUACCGGUGCAUCUGUCCACCAGGACGAAGCGGGAACCACUGUGACUUAGUUGACGAUGACAGCGAUAUCAACAUGGGUAGUGGUCAGCACGGAGCUCAGGGAGACAAUGGUGCAUCUGUUUAUGAGCCGUCUUUCUCCGGUAACUCCUUCAUCGCUUACCCCGGCCUUCAAGAGUCCCUUCGGAAAGUUCAGAUUGCGAUGAUGUUCAAACCCACAACGACGGAAGACGGCAUUCUUAUGUUUAACGGACAGAAUGCAAAGGGCAAAGGCGACUACAUCACUUUGGUGGUCCGCAGCGGACGUGUGGUGUUCCAGUAUGACAGCGGAACAGGACCUGCAAUCAUCGAGAGCACUAAGAACCUGACGGCCGGCCAAUGGUACUCUCUCGUUGCUGAGCGUAACUCCAGAGAGGGCUCCCUCGUGAUCGAUUCUGGAGAGGCGGUGAAGGGUCGGUCUCCCGGAUCGAGCCGCGGCUUGAACCUUAAGAUGUUGAUGUACCUUGGAGGGCUCGAUCCCAUGUACGAGGUGCCUGCCGACCUCGGAGUAGAAAAGGGCUUCAAGGGCUGUAUUGCAGAGAUUGAGAUUGACGGAGCUGGUAUUGGCCUGAUUAGUGACGCUAAGGAGAAUAUUAACGUAGAGCAAUGCAUCGAGGAACAACUCUGCUCUCGUAACCAGUGCAAGAAUGGAGCCACGUGUACCACGUUGGACGAUGAGUACUUAUGCACGUGCCCACCGGAAUACACAGGUCGUCACUGCGAGACCGAAGUAGGACCAUGUCACGUUGAUCAGCCGUGUCAGAACGGAGGAAGCUGCGACCCCAUGGGUGGGGACGAGUAUCGCUGUCUCUGCCCUCAAGGAUUCACUGGUGACCACUGUGAGAUAGCCGAGACGUUUGACUACAGCGCAAGUUUCACCGGUAACAGCUACAUCAAACUACCAGGCAGCAUCAUUCCAAGGGAACGAGGGAGCAGUACGUCAAAGGAGACGAUUAACUUUGUUUUCUCCACCCUCUCAUCAAAUGGUAUCCUCCUGUGGCAGGGAGUGGGAGAAGGCCAGAGCGGAGCAAUGCAUGAUUUCAUCUCAGUUGGUCUGAUAAACGGUACUCUAGUGUUUGGAUACCAACUGGGGAGUGGAGAGGCCAGCAUCGGGUCAAAGGUCAAGGUCAAUGAUGGACUGAAGCAUAACGUUACAGUUCACAGACGUGGACGUGAAGGAACCGUCAUCGUAGACGAUGAUGAGAUUAGCGGCCAGUCGGCUGGAUUCCUGCAGAUGCUGAACGUGAAAGGCAGUGUCUAUCUAGGUGGCGCCCCAGAUGCAAUGAAACUCACUGGGAAGAAAUUCUCCAAUGGAAUAGAGGGUUGCAUUUCUGAUCUACGAAUCAUCAAGGAAGGCUACGAUGCCAUCAUGCACGUCAAUCUCUGGGAGUCGUCGCUAGACGCAGUCAACGUUCUCAACUGUGUCAAUUGAUUUGUAGCCAUUGUUCCUGUUUUGUAACCGUAUGCUUUCUACUUUUAAAACUAGAAGAAGAAAACAAAACUGUUAGCGUUUUUGUUUGAUGUACCAGUUUAUGUCAGGAUUUAUUAUCAGAGCAAAACAAAUAUAGAUAUGGAGUCAGUUUUUGUUUGAGUUAAUUUCUGCAAUUUUGUCUUCAUUGACUUAUACAGAUGCAUUGGUAUUGGUGGUGUUUUAAUUGGUCAUUAAUAACUUCAUUCAAAUGCAAUAGCCAUGACAUGAGAAAAUUUUUGAAAUUAGUGUCAAUCACUUGUUGGCGUUUGUUGCAUAAAACGGCUGAUGUCUGAUGUCCCAUCAUGCAUAAUUGGUAAAAAAACGGCUUGAGAAGAGUCUAACUUUGAUUAUGCACAAAAGAGAUAACAGUGAGACAGUAGAAUGUAGUCUCCCUUCCAGCUUUCAUUCAGUAUGGUGCUAUUUUUUAAAGUUAAAA